AUGGGUGCAGUCACUUCUUUUCUAAAUGUUUUACUUGUACUUACAGCAGAAGGAUGCUCAACUAAUGCAGUACCAGUUGUACCAAAUGCUAGAGAAGGUAAUCCUAUUGUUCUAGCAAGAAUGUUAGAAAUUGGAGCAUUAAGACAAGGCAUAUAUGAGAGUAUACCUUCAUUCUGGUCAAAAAUUCAGAAAUAUGGCAAUCAACUGAGUUAUACUUUAGCACAGAAGAAAACCUAUUUCUUAUCUGAAGUUAGACCUGAUAUUAGAGAUAAAAUUUAUAGAAUUGAUCAAACAAAACCCAUUAAUGAUAUUAUUAAUAGUUUGGCAAAACUUAAAUUAUCAUUCCCCAUGACUGAUAUGCAAAAAAUAAUUCAAGAUGCAUUUGCAAAACAGCAAGCUGAAUCUAAAGCUAAAAUGGAAAAAUUAAAGGAUGAAUUUCAAGCACAACAACUACAAGUUGCAACAGUAGGAAAUUUUCAACCUCCAUCCAAGUUUUAUCCUAUAAAAUCAGAAAAACCUCAGCAAGCAUUUUAUAUAGUAAAUCAAGAG